AGCUGAAAUCAUUUGAGGCGGUCGUGUUCUCUCUGCCCUGAGCUUUCCCGCUACCUGAAUUCGACUGGGUGAACUAUGAGUGGCCGAGUCAGAUCAAGAUCCAAGUCCAAUCAAAGAAAGGAUGAUCGAGGGUCUAACCAGCAUGUGGCCGAGCAGCAGCCCAGUGAUGAGCACCCGAAACAGAAGGAGGUACCACCUUGCGAGUUUGUGUUCAUGGGGAACAUGGCUGGCUCAGUCGGACCUGAAAUGAAAGCUGAUCUCCAAGAACUGGUUCAGUCAAAGACUGGGGAUAAAAGCAAAGAUGCUCCUGAUGUGAAGGGGGCAAGUUUACCAAAUCUAGAGCCCAUUAAAAUACCAGAAGCAGAUCUUAUGGCCUUGUGCACGGUGGCCAGUGGUCCCUAUGCCUGGAAGGGCAGGAAAGCCGGAUACAUGGAGAACGUGGAUUCUCCUGGGACACUUCCCCCAACUACUAGCUCUGCAACUUUAGUGAGAGUGUGCCACUUAUUGAACCUCAGUUUUCCCAUCUGUCAAAGAGACCAGUAA